AUGGGUGACAAGGGAGGAGACAACCAUUCCGAAGUGACUGACUUCAUUCUUGUAGGCAUCAGGGUCCGUCCAGAGUUCCACAGUCUCCUCUUCCUGCUUUUCCUGGUUAUUUACGGGAUGGUCCUUCUGGGGAACCUUAGCAUGAUUGGAAUCAUUGUGACUGACCCCCGGCUGAAUACACCAAUGUAUUUCUUCCUAGGCAACCUCUCCGUCAUUGAUCUCUCCUACUCCACUGUAAUUGUACCCAAAGCCAUGGCCAACAUCCUUUCUCAGAAAAAGACCAUCUCCUUUGCAGGCUGUGUGGCUCAACUAUUCCUCUAUGCACUUUUCAUGGUAACCGAGGCCUUUGUUCUGGCAGCCAUGGCUUACGACCGCUUCAUUGCCAUCUGCAAUCCUCUCCUUUAUAGUGUCCGCAUGUCAAGAAGUGUCUGCAUUCGGUUGGUGGCUGGUUCCUAUCUCUGUGGCUGGGUCAUUUCCAUCCUUCAGGUCAGUGUAACAUUCUCUAUGUCUAUCUGUGCCUCCCGAGUCAUUGAUCAUUUCUACUGUGAUUCAAAUCCAAUUGAAAAGAUCUCCUGUUCUAAUAUCUUUAUCAACAGGAUGGUGUCAUUUAGUCUGGCUGUCCUUAUUAUUGUGCCCACCAUUGUUGUCAUUGUAGUUUCCUACAUGUACAUUGUAUCUACGGUUUUAAAGAUUCCCUCCAGUGAAGGGAGGAAGAAAGCCUUCUCCACCUGCAGCUCCCACCUGGGGGUUGUCAGUUUGCUUUACGGGACUGUCUCCUUCGUGUACCUCACACCUCCAAGCAACCCGGAACUUCGCAAAGUAGCCUCAGUAUGUUACGUUUUGUUCACGCCUAUGUUGAAUCCCUUGAUCUACUCUCUAAGAAAUAAGGAUGUUAAAGAUGCUGUGAGAAAAGUCUUAUGGAAGAAGAAAAUUUCACUCUAA